AAACUGGUGUACGUCUAUGAAAUUUCGGUUUCUUUAAUACACGGCAACACAAUCCUCACGUUCCCCUAGGAGUUAGCAAAAUCGCCAUGCCCAAUUAUCCACGCCCCUUUUUCUUCGUCAGCAUAUAUAUAUUACAGAAAUUGUUGAUAAUGGGACGAUAAUAUUACAGAAAAUCGAUCUAUUCGUUAUUGCAAGAUUUAAGGCAAUCCCGUUUCAUAAUCAAGUCAAAAAUUACAUAAAUUCUGCCAAAAUCUUUUAAUAUCUCAAUCCGAUUCGUGGAGUUUUGUGAAAGAUCACAAUAUUCGAAUGGCCGCAUGUGUGGCAACUUGGCGCUUGGCACAAUUAGGAACUGGGUCCUGCAGAACCCACUUGUUUGGUGCGAACAGGUUUGAAUCCAGACCCAUUUCGGAGCUAGCCAAAUCUAAUGGCAAUCGCCUCUUUCUGGUCGACACAUUAGCCCUUGUGAGGAGAUUGGAGGCCCAAGGAGUGCCAUCAAAGCAAGCGGAGGCUAUUACAUCUGCUAUGACUGAAGUGCUCAAUGACAGCCUCGAAAAUGUGUCUUAUUCCUUUGUUUCUAAAGGUGAAAUGCAAAAGAACGAGAUGACUCAGGAAGCCAAUUUAUCCAAAUUCAAAUCUGAAGUUAAAAGCUCUCAGGAUCAUCAUUUUUCUGUGUUACAACAUGAGACUGAAAAACUCAAGAGUGAUAUAGAAAAGAUGCGCAGCGAGUUGAGAUAUGAAAUGGACAAAGUCACAGCUGGGCAGCGUUUGGAUCUUAAUCUUGAAAGGGGGAGAAUUCGGGACGAGUUGGCCAAUCAAAAUCAAGAAACUACUAACCUGACUAACAAACUUGAUCGAGAAAUUCAUGCAUUGCGGGCUCAGUUGGAAGCUGCGAAAUACGACGUGAUAAAAUACUGCAUUGGUACCCUUGCCUCUGUCUCUGCUGUUGGUUUAGCUGUGAUCCGAAUCCUGAUGUAAGUUUGCACUGCAAAGUAAUUCCCAUUUUUGUGAGGAAUUGUAUUGAUUGUCAUCUUCAAACUCAUUGGAUAUUAUUAGAUGGAAAAGGAAGAACUUCCUUCUAACAUAGUAACAUUCAAAGCGACAUUGUAAUCUGUUGAUCUUUCAUUCCAUUGAACGUAGUAGUGGGUUGUGUUCUUGUUUGAAUUUUUUGGUUGGCUUGCUAUCAAGAAGUUAUUGGUCUUUUAUUCACACA